UGGCUUUCAGUGCCUGGCAUUUCUGUGCCCUCAGUUUCAUUAUUACGUGUUCAGUAUCUUCUGACCAGAAUGUCGAUCGUAGAAGGUGCCAGUGUAGGGGUCACCACAGUAGGUGUGAGGGACAGUGACGCUGCUCGCGUGUCUGGCGCCAGGACUGUGACAGGCGCCCCAACAACAGCGACACCCCGGUGGCCCGCCGCUCCCGCCCUGCUCCGCCCACGGAGUCCGGUGGCGGCGGCCGAGCAGAGGCGCCCGGCUGAGGAUGUCGUGACGUUUGAGGAUGUCACGGUGUAUUUCUCCAGGACAGAAUGGCGCCUCCUUGAUGAGGCUCAGAGACUCCUGUACCUUGAUGUGAUGCUGGAGAACUUUGCUCUUAUAUCUUCUCUGGGUUGCUGCUGUGGAGCAGAGGAUGUGCAGGCACCCAGUGAGCAGAAUAUUUCUGUCAGAGUCUCACAGUCGAAGAAUCCCAAGGCAGCUUCGUCUUCCCAGAAGAGCCACCCCUGUGAGAGAUGUGCGCCGGUCUUGAGAGACAUUUUCCUUCUGGUUGACCAGCAGGGAACACAACCCAGCUCAACACUGCUGCAGUGUGGGGCAUGUGCAAAACCGUUUUAUUUCAGUGCACAGAGUCACCAGCAACAGGAACAGGACACUACAGAGAAUGGUUUCAUAAGCAGUGUGGACAUUGUCUCACUUGGAAAGAGCUGCAAUUCCCAUAUGACAUGGAAUCCUUGUACCUCUAGUCAGGUUGGAAAAGACUUCACCAUGACCUCAGGACAUCUUGAGCAACAGGAUACUGACACCAUGUACAGGGCAAACAAAAUCUCUCAGUCUGGAAUGACUUGUCAAAAGUCUGGAAUGACAAGUACAAAAUACUAUUAUAACCCAGGAGAAUGCAAGGAAGCUUUUGGCUUUCAUGACACACUUGUUGAAGAUAAGAAUGUCAUUACAGGAGCACAGUGCUUUGUGUGUUGUGAAUGUGGGAAAUCUUUUACCAAUAUCUCUGACCUCCAUAACCAUCAGAGAGUUCACAUUCCAGAAAGGCCUUAUGAGUGUAGUGAAUGCGGGAAAUCUUAUACCUGGAGCUCUGCCCUCCGUAGACAUCAGAGAGAUCACAUUGGAGAAAGGCCUUAUGAAUGUGGUGAAUGUGGUAAAUCUUUUCCCAUAAGCUCUGCUCUUCGUAAUCAUCAGAGAGUUCACAGUGGAGAAAGGCCUUAUGAGUGUAGUGAAUGUGGUAAAUCUUAUACUAGUAGUUCUGACCUCCAUAGACAUCAGAGAGUUCACACUGGAGAAAGGCCUUAUGAGUGCAGUGAAUGUGGGAAAUCAUUUACUAGGAGCUCUAACCUUCAUAAGCAUCACAGAGUUCACACUGGAGAAAGGCCUUAUGAGUGCAGUGAAUGUGGAAAAUCUUAUACCAGGAGCUCUGCCCUUCGUAACCAUCACAGACUUCACACUGGAGAAAGGCCUUAUGAGUGUGGAGAAUGUGGGAAAUCUUUUACAAUUAGCUCUGUUCUUCGUAAUCAUCAGAGAGUUCACACUGGAGAAAGGCCUUAUGAGUGCAGUGAGUGUGGAAAAUCUUUUACUUGGAGCUCUGCCCUUUUUAAUCAUCAGAGAGUUCACACUGGAGAAAGGCCUUAUGAGUGCAGCGAUUGUUCAAAAUCAUUUCCCAGUAGCUCUCUUCUGCGUUAUCAUCAGAGAGUUCACUCUGGAGAAAGGCCUUAUGCGUGUGGUGAAUGUGGGAAAUCUUUUUCUAGUAACUUUGCCCUUCGCUGUCAUCAGAGAGUUCACACUGGAGAAAAGCCUUAUGAAUGCAGUGAAUGUAAGAAAUGUUUUAGACAAAGCUCUGCCCUUUUUCAGCACUAUCGGGUUCAUUCGGCAGAGAAACCUGUAUGAGUGUGGUUAAUGUGGAAAAACAUAUGAGUAGCUCUGCCUUUUGUCAUCACAGAGGAAUUCACACUGGAUAAAGUGUUUUUAAGUUUAGUGAAUGGGGGACAUCUUUGACAUGUGGCACUUGUCUCCAUUAGCAUCAGAGACUUCACACAAAAGAAAGGCCCUAUGUGUGCAGUGAAUGUGGGUAAUCUCUUAUCUGUAGCAUUAACCUUCAUUGUCAUCAGUGAGUUCACCCAGGAGAAUGGCCUUAUAGCUGUAGUGAUAUGGGAUUUCUUUUUAAUCAUUAACCUUUUUAUAUUCUAUGAAACUUCACACUGGAGGAAGGCCUUAUGAUUGCAGUGAUUGUGAGAAAUCCUUUAGCGUAUACCUCCAUGUCAUCAGGGAGUUGACACUGAGGAAUGGCCUUAAGUUCCAGUAAAUGUGGGAGGUCUUUGUUGCAUCAGUAAAUUCUGUUAUUAUGAGAGAGUCUGCAUCAUAGAAAUGCCAUUUGAGUCCUUUGAAUGUGGAGAAUCUUUUACCAGUAUCCAUGGCCUUUGUUGUCAUCAGAAAAUUCACAAUGACUCAGUUCUUAUAAGUUAAGAAAAUUUGGGAAAUCUUAUAUUUCUAGACAUUUCCUUUGUAUUUUGUCGGAGGUCAGAAAGCUGAUAGGCUUUAUAUAUACAUGCAAUGUGAGGAAAUUUUUUCUUGUAACACUAAGCUCCAUUAUAUUCAGAGAUUUAACCCUAGGUAAAGGCCUUAAGAAUACAGAGAAUGUGGGAAAUUCUUUAAUUAUCAUUUUUCUUUUCUUAUCAGAGAGUUUACACAAGGUUAGGCCUUAUGGGGACAUCAAAUGUGGGAAAUCUUUUACCUCAUUGUCAUGGCCACCUUAAUCACACAAUUCACGUUGGUUAAAGGCUUCAAGUAUGACAUGGACUUGGGAAAUAUUUAGCCAUAAGUCUACACCCUUUUGACAUUGGAGAGUUCUCAUGGUGUAAAUGGUUAGAUUUUAGGAAGUGUAUUAUUUUUUUUUCUGUGUAAUGACACAGUAGAAAACUUUCUGAGGAAAUGUCCAUGUUUAAUUUUGUAUGUUCACAGUGUGGACGUGUCUCAGAAUUUUAAUGUUUAAAUUUUGAAGAACCUAACAAAGUACUAUCUAAAGUAAUUGUGCCUUUAUGCAUAUUUAAGUCAUAGUGUUUAAGGGUUGUAUCAUGACUCUAACAAAAUCUUUAUCUGUUUAAUUUUUAGGAAUUUUAGCUUUUAUAUGUUCAUGUUCUCUCUGUUGUUUUAGUUGCAUUUCUCUAAACAUUUAUGCUGAGCAUUUUUGCAGGUGUGUAUAUACUACUGAUAUGUUUUUAGUAAAUUGUGUGUUGACAUAAUUUACCUAUUUUUUUAUUAAUUUGGGCUACUCUCCUUUAACAAAUAGGAUAGUGAAACAGCAAAGACAUAUGUUAUAAUAUUACUCAUUUUCACUCCUUGAAUAACAAGUAAUUUUCACUUUGUGGAAUAAUUGAGUUUUUUUGAGGGGGGAAUAAUUGUUUCAAUAUUGUAAAGUAAUUCCAAAUUAUUUGGAUUUUUUUGCUGUACAAAAUGUAAUCGGUACAUACCGUAUACGUUAAAGAACAAUAAUCUGCAUUAUUAACUCAAUUCAUUGCUUUUGUAAGUUCAAACAUUUAGUAAUAUAAUAAAAAGGCUUGCUUUUUAGUGUCAACCCAUUUUCAUGGUCUGUCAUCUGGGGUUUACUGGGCCGCAGCAGGGCUUGAAGGUGAACAGGCAGGAAGAGGAUGAAUGAGUAUUAGUUGGGCCUCAAAACCCACCUGGAAGGCAAAAAGAAGAGAUCAGCGAUUAACACUCC